UUUGUGUGGGCAAAACACUAUAUAAACCAGUUAGAUUAUCCUAAGUCUUCACACAACUAACAUUUGAAUACAAUACCAGAGAAAAGAAGAGAAAGAAAAACCAUGAAGAACUCUAGCAUGGGAACAUCACUUCUGGUGUUGCUGGUUUUUGCUACUCUUACUUACUGCUCAGAUGCAAGAUUACAGUCUUGUCAGCCAAGUGGAAAAAUCAGAGGCAUAAAGCCACCUCCAGGACAAUGUAAUCCCGAAAAUGACUCGGAUUGUUGCAAACAAGGCAAGAUGUACACCACUUACAAAUGUUCGCCUCCUGUGAUGGGUAAUACCAAGGCUGUGUUAACCCUGAAUAGCUUCCAAAAGGGUGGAGAUGGCGGUGGACCAUCGGAAUGUGAUAACCAAUACCACUCUGAUGACACUCCAGUUGUUGCCCUUUCAACCGGAUGGUACAGCGGAGGAGAUAGGUGCCUUAACUAUAUCACUAUAAGUGCUAAUGACAAAAGUGUGAAGGCUAAAGUUGUAGAUGAGUGUGACUCUACCAUGGGAUGUGAUGAUGAACACGAUUAUCAGCCUCCAUGCCCAAAUAACAUCGUUGAUGCCUCUAAAGCAGUGUGGGAAGCACUGGGUAUUCCUGAAGGUGACUGGGGCGAAUAUGACAUUACUUGGUCUGAUUCUUGUCAGCCGAGUGGAAAAAUCAGGGGCAUAAAACCGCCUCCAGGACAAUGUAAUCCCGAAAAUGACUCAGAUUGUUGCAAACAAGGCAAGAUGUACACCACUUACAAAUGUUCGCCUCCUGUGACGGGUAAUACCAAGGCUGUUUUAACCCUGAAUAGCUUCCAAAAGGGUGGAGAUGGCGGUGGACCAUCGGAAUGUGAUAACCAAUACCACUCUGAUGAUACUCCAGUAGUUGCCCUUUCAACCGGAUGGUACAGUGGAGGAGAUAGGUGCCUUAACUAUAUCACCAUAAGUGCUGAUGGCAAAAGUGUGAAGGCUAAAGUUGUAGAUGAGUGUGACUCUACCAUGGGAUGUGAUGAUGAACACGAUUAUCAGCCUCCAUGCCCGAAUAACAUCGUUGAUGCCUCUAAAGCAGUGUGGGAAGCAUUGGGUAUUCCUGAAGGUGACUGGGGCGACUUUGACAUUACUUGGUCUGAUGCUUAG